GGAAGAUUGACAAAAAUCCACGUCGGAUAUCGAAGAAAAAGUAAAAUAUCGAGUAAAAAUCAUGGAAAAUCACUAGAAAAACAGAAAAAUUGUGAAAUACCGAUAAAACGUGUCCAUAAAGAGCAUCAAGGAGCAAAGGACGCACCUGCAAAACAUUGAGAAACGAGGAAAUUAAGAGCUGUUAUGCGGCUUUAAUAGUUCUAAAAAUAUUAAAUUAAUAUUGCAACACACACACACCUACCCUAAAAACACAUAAGAGCGAGCGUUUCGUAUGAUAAGACUCGGUUUCCUGUUGGACCUUCUUUUCGUUUAUCAGAUUUUGUGUUGAAAUUCAUUAGAAACUAGAAAAACAAACAUUAGGCACUGAACAUGGAUGACGAUUUGACGAGCAGCAGCCCCGCAUCGAAAAAUGUCGUGUUUCAAUUUUUCGUACGGAUAGGACAGAUUUACCAAACUUACCUGGACAAAGCAACUCCGCAUGCGAGAGCGCGAUGGGUGUUUGCCGUUGUUCUUGUUUGUUUGUUUUUGCUGCGGAUAUUUACUGCACAAGGCUGGUACAUUGUCACAUAUGCCCUCGGCAUUUACCAUCUUAAUCUAUUUAUUGCAUUCUUAACACCAAAAAUUGAUCCGGCACUCGAUUUGGACGACGACAUGGGACCCGAGCUGCCCACAAAGUCGAGCGAAGAGUUUAGACCGUUCAUUCGACGCUUACCUGAGUUUAAAUUUUGGUUGUCGGUAACGAAAAGUACACUAAUUGGUAUAUUCUGCACAUUCUUUGAUGCCUUUAACAUCCCCGUUUUUUGGCCCAUUCUUGUUAUGUAUUUUAUCACACUAUUUUGUAUUACCAUGAAAAGACAAAUUAAGCAUAUGAUUAAGUACCGUUACUUGCCAUUUACACACGGUAAACCACGUUACCAGCAACUGAAUCAGGAAAAGUGACAAUUAAAAGCACACUCAUUGCCUGCUUCGCCCAGUAUUGCAGCAGACUCAGUGACACCAAUCCCAUCGAAUGUCGCUGUCGUGGCUGAACAAGAAGCAGUAAAAGAAACAAAAGUCGCCCCACCGCAUAUAUUGACUGUUGUCUAAACAAAAAAUGUAACAUCUCAAAACACACAACAUCCAAAAAGUACGAAUUUUCAGUGUAGAUUCAAUCAAAAAAAAAACCAUCACAGGAAAAAAAUCUACAAAUCAAACAAGAAAGGCCUCAAUAAUUUUUUUUCGUUUUUAGUGUUGCGUGUUUUAUUUGUGCGGUAAAAUAUUAUUUUUUGAACAAAUUUUGUUUCUUUUUAAUAAGCAAUGAUUGUGCUUACCUCGAUUAUCCAUUAAACAAUUGAUGAUAUGAUGACAGGCGCGUGUGAUUAUUAUGAAAAAAAAACUUUCCUAAAAUAUGGUAAUUGUCUGUAUGAAACGAACCCAAUCUUAUGUAUGAUUAUUAGUUUAAAAGUAAAUAAAUAUUAUAAUUUAAUGUUUAGUGUCUAAUAGCAAUUUAAUGAUAAAAUUAAUUUUCAAUUUUCUUAGCAUUUCAUUUAAAUUUAUAAAAAAAAUCUUUAUUUUUUCUGUUAAUAUUUUUUUUUUCGAGAGUCCUUGUGAGAGAAAGUACUAAAUAGUUGAUAUGAUAAAAUAAGGCGGGAGACCAAAAAAAUUUUUUUGAUUCAUUAUGCAUUAAAAAAAUGACUUAAUUGCUUGAAAUCCUUUCCUGACUCGCUUAAAAAAUUAAAAAAAAAUUUUUUACCUUUAUAAAAUUUCAAUUUAAAAAAAAAAUAAUUAAUUAAAAUUACUUUAAAAAUGUAUUUAAAAAAAAAUAAGUUUAAAAAAAAACGAAGGUUGAUCAUCAAAAAGCAAAAAAUUAAAAAUAAAACCCUUUAAAAUUAAUAAAUAUACAACUCAAAGAAAAAAAAAGUCAUAUAGAAUUUCUACGAAAAAUUAACAAA